AUGGCUCUGCUCGCCUCUCACGCCAGCCAGGCUCGCCUGGUGGCGCGCUCCCACCGCGUUCAGGCGUCACAAUCGCCGCUGUGUGCUUCCCGGAUCAGCAGGCGGGGUCUCGCCUGUCGCGCACAGCAGGAGACCGAGGCAGGCGCUUCUGCCGACACCACACAGCAGGCGGCGCCUGCGAAGCAGCAGGAGCAGCAGCAGCAGCAACAGCAGCAGCAGCAGCAGCCGGCAGCUGCGCCAGCGCCGACUGCACCGCUGCUCGCCAAGGGCCAGGGCACCGCUGUUUGGACGGGCGCCAUAUCCAUCAUUUUUGGGGUGGCGUACCUGGCCCUGGUGUUCUUCCUCGACAGCCGCGGCGGCGAGAUGCUGCCGCCGCCGCCGGAGGCGUUCCUUCCCUAA